GGGUGGCAGGGCCAAAACGUGGGCUGGGCCCUGGGCAGCCUUCUCGUUGCAAUGGCCCGUUAAUUCGCUAAUCGGUUCGACCGUCGUAACCGGCCGGGUAACCACAAUCAAAACUGAAUUAGGUGGGAACUUGCUUUCUGUAACAGUUUAGUUUUGGCUUUUGCGCCAUAGAUUUCUUCGAUACUAACAAAGGAGGAACGAGAAGAGAUCUCAAACAAGACACUGCGAAUUCAAUUCAGCUAAGCAAUGCUUUCCGUUCGAUCCAUCUUCCGGCCUCUUCGCCAUUCCAGGCAUCCAACCUCCUUCCUGCAUUCCGCUGCUUCCCCUUCUUCAUCUCCUUCUUCAGCCGCUGCAAUUGAAGCCGAACGAGCAAUAAGAGAAGGCCCACGGCAAGAUUGGACCCGACCAGAGAUCACCGACGUCUACCAAUCCCCUCUGCUCGAUCUCCUCUUCCAUGGCGCUGAGGUUCAUAGACAUGCGCAUAACUUCAGGGAAGUUCAGCAAUGCACUCUGCUCUCUAUUAAGACCGGUGGCUGUAGCGAGGACUGUUCUUACUGCCCUCAGUCGUCUCGUUACCAGACUGGUUUGAAAGCCCAGAAGCUCAUGAACAAAGAUGCUGUUCUGGAAGCUGCAAAAAGGGCUAAAGAGGCUGGAAGCACACGUUUUUGCAUGGGUGCAGCCUGGCGAGAUACAGUAGGAAGGAAGACGAACUUCAACCAGAUACUAGAUUAUGUAAAAGAAAUAAGGGGAAUGGGAAUGGAGGUUUGCUGCACCUUGGGAAUGCUAGAGAAAGAGCAGGCUGCAGAACUCAAGAAGGCUGGCCUUACAGCUUAUAAUCACAAUCUUGAUACCUCAAGAGAGUAUUAUUCCAAUGUCAUCACUACAAGAUCAUAUGAUGAACGUCUUAAAACCCUGGAACAUGUCCAGAAAGCCGGGAUUCAUGUAUGCUCAGGAGGCAUAAUCGGACUGGGGGAAGCAGAGGAAGACAGGGUUGGUCUGUUGCAUACGUUAGCAACACUUCCUAAGCACCCAGAGAGUGUUCCUGUUAAUGCUCUUGUUGCAGUGAAAGGCACACCUCUGGAAGACCAAAAGGUCAGUUCUUUAAUGAGACCUGUGGAAAUAUGGGAAAUGGUGCGGAUGAUUGCGACAGCACGUAUAGUGAUGCCGAAAGCAAUGGUGAGGCUAUCAGCUGGGAGGGUGCGUUUCUCGAUGGCCGAGCAGACACUAUGCUUUAUGGCCGGUGCAAACUCAAUCUUCACUGGGGAGAAGCUGCUGACUACUCCUAACAAUGACUACGAUGCUGAUCAACAAAUGUUCAAGCUCCUUGGCUUGACCCCCAAACCACCAAGUUUUGGUGAAGAAACUGAGGAUUGCCAGCAAGAACCUGCUGCUGUUUCAGGUUCAGGUUAAGGGAACUGUUAAAUGUGAGGCCAAAGCUGUAAUAGAUUUAGGUUCUUAGUUUGUCGGAUGUUAGGGAGCAAGAGAAAAAUAUAUGUUGUUGUAAGUUAAAUUUAGGAGUCAGGCAAUGAUUUGGUUCAAACCAUAUCAACACUUAAAACUCGAUCUGAUCGAACCAGGUCAUAGUUUCGAUUCGAUCUUUAGAAUUCUUUUUAGCUUCAGUUCUAUUGAAUCCCUUUGAAACUAGACCGGAUCAAAAGAUAAUUGAGCACAUGAUUACUCCAGUUCUGUUCUUAUAUUUCCUUUCAUUUCGGUAUAUUUGUAUGCCAAUUUUGACCUGGUU